AUGCUCUUAGAUGUAUUCCCUCGCACCGUAGAGGACAGCAUCGUAACAACCAUUGCGCUUGGCUUCCAAUACCUAUGGGUGGAUAGAUACUGUAUUGACCAACAUAACGCCGACGACCAAAGUCACCAAAUUAAUCAGAUGGGGGCCAUAUACUCUUCAGCCCAGGUUACGCUUAUUGCAGCGGCCGGCACAGAUGCCAAUUUUGGUCUACCAGGAAUCAGCAGAGAGUUCAGCUAUCCAGAAUCGUGUUCCGUUACCAAGAAUCUAUGUCUGGUCAACGCCUCUCAAUCAGUCACACGAUCGGUUUCAGCAUCCACCUGGUACUCUCGAGCAUGGACGUUGCAGGAAGGUUACCUCUCGAAAAGGCGACUGUUCUUUGUAGAACACGGGAUAGAUUACAUUUGCGAUGAAGACCUUCAGGAUGAAGACCUGAGAGGCGGCCUGAUUGCAAGUGAACUUGCUGCCUCGCUACCUAGUAAGAUGAAUGCUUGGGAUCGUGCAAAUCACAUGAUGCGCCAGUUCGCAGGACGAAGUCUUACAUACGAAGGAGAUGCUCUCAACGCUAUCAUCGGCGCGCUAGGAACUCUCGAAGGUGUUGAUCAUACAGAGGGGGUAACUAUCCAAAGGUCUAACUCUUCCGAGACAUCUAGUACGUACAUGGCUCUGAACUGGUGUCACGAUCUGCCUUGUUCCCGGCGUGAAGGGUUUCCCAGUUGGUCGCCUCUCGGCUGGAGAGGGGAAAUUGAUUAUCUCGACUACCAAACCACGAUCUCAUCCGGCUGCUCGCUCGAAGUCUGGCACGACGGAGGAUUUAGGCAUGUUUCCGACGCUUUCGGGAAAUUAUCGGAAGGCCAUCGCGCACACAGGCCAACACAAGAGAGGUACCUCAGACUGAACACCACUGUGGUAAUGCUAGAUUUCGUAUAUCUCGACCACGAGCCUGGUAUACCCAGUGGAUUUUAUGUGAGGGUUCCGUAUGCCUCCAACCUCGACCUCUUUGUUCUGCCGUUUUGGGAUGCAGACGAUAUGCGACAGGGCAGUAUACAGCUGCCUUGUGCUGUUGCCGUGCGGCGCAGGACACUCAUGCAAAAGACUUGGAGAUGCGAGCAAGAGUCACAAAUACUCAUCAUGCGACAGCACAGCACACAUUACGAACGCGUUGGAUGUUUCAAUUUGCAUUGGUCUCAUCGUCAUAUCUAUGCCCGAGAGAAGCAAGGCCGGAUCUUUUCCCUGGACUUUACCUAUGGCAAUCCGCUUCUGGAAUAUGGUGACGGUACCUACUGGAAGAAGAAUGGCGAAGAACGCACGUUUCUUCUCGGCUAG